AUGAUUGCUCUUACUAUUGGGAUUGGAUUGCUGGUUCUUCCAGAAUUGGUGUUUGCAAAAGAAUAUGUUGUUGGAGAUGAGAAUGGCUGGAAUUAUGAAGUUGAUUACUAUGCAUGGGCAGAUGGCAAGACUUUUUAUGUUGGAGACUUAUUAGUUUUCAACUAUGCCAAGGAAGAGCACAAUGUCAUAGUAGUCAAUGCUACUGGAUAUGAUACGUGCCUCGCAUCUCCGAACUUGGGAGCCUUUGAUAGUGGCAAUGACAAGAUAAGCUUGACCCCUCCAGGAAAGAAAUAUUACAUAUGUCAAUGGCAUUGUGAUUACUCGGACCAAAAGCUGAUGAUCACGGUAUUGAGGAAGAAGAUGCUGGGCACACCUAUAUCUUCACCACAUUAA